AUGCCCAUUCACCAAGGCUGCCUCAAACACAUACCUCCGUGUUGUUCACAUGGGCAACCUUCGCAUCAUGGGUUGCACAAACUGUUGCAUGAGAUGGUUUUUAACCUUGCUAUUGAUGCUAUUGUCUACCAGGGUAUCGACCUGAAUAUCGUCCGCCCCGCCAACAUAGAAGGCUACUGCACAGGAAUCGCCAAAGGCCUAGUGCGUGUUGGCUUGCACGUCGGUCGGUGCCAUGAUUUUCACGCCGAUUACGACGCCUUAACCGGCUGGAUUUCAGUAACCAGGCUCAUUAUUGAGGAAAUUGAGCCCCCUGUUGCUUAA